AUGGCAUAUUUUCAGACGAAGGGAGUGGCGUUCGUGACAGGUUCAGCAGGAGGAAUUGGCCAAGGCGCUGCAAAUGCUCUCGCUGCCGCUGGAGCUACCGCAAUCGCAUUUGCAGACAUCGACGAAGCGAGAGUCAAGGCCGCAGCAGAGGAAAGCAAGAAGCAUGCCAUCGACAGCAAUUACCGAGUGAAAGCCUUCAGGCUCGAUACAUCAGACAGGAAAGCAGUCGAAGAAGUCGUCCAGGCGGUGGCAGAAGAAUUCGGCAGGAUCGAUUAUCUUGUUCACAGUGCCGGAGUAGAUCAAGUCGAAUACGCGCCUGUGCCAGACGACGAUCCCGACGACUUCGACCGAGUGCAAAGAAUCAACGCCACGGGCCUGCUGAACGUAUCGCGAGCUGUCGCGAAGGUCAUGGAGGCUCAAGAGCCACGGCAGUUCACCACCGUCAGCGGGACUCAGCGAGACUUGGGACGAGGAGUCAUUGUCAAUGUGGCCUCCGCAGCAGCUUUCGUGGGUAUUCCAGCCAAGGUUGGAUAUGUCGCUUCCAAGUGGGCUUCACUCGGAAUAACCAAAACGUUGGCCGUCGACCUCGCCCCCAAAGGCAUCCGCGUCAACUGCAUGUGUCCAACCUGGGUCGACACGCCCAUGUUUAAAGGCGAACAAGAAAAGAUCCCACCAAUAACGGACCUCAUCAAGAAGAUCAAUCCCGCGGGCAGACCGGCCGAAGUCGACGAGGUGGGCAACAGCAUCGUGUACCUCUGCAGUCCGGCCGCGAGCUAUGUGAAUGGCCAUGCGCUUACGCUGGAUGCUGGGAUGACGGCUGGGCCCAUGAUCACAUAA